AGCCAGCUGUUGGAAAGCAACGCUCCUAAACCAUCCGCUACUACUGCAUCAGGUGAAUGUCUCCACAUCAACACAAAGAGCAGAACACGAGACAAGACUUCUCCUGCACAUGUCUAUGAUUUGCAACUGGUCCUCUCUCAUUGGUCUUGAUCGAGCGGCUGCAACUCAGAGGUGAACGGAGAAAACCAGAUCGAGUAACAGGUGUCAGAGUGUCAAACGGCAGAGAAGAUGGGAAGAAAGAAAAUACAGAUUUCUCGUAUUCUGGACCAGAGAAAUAGACAGGUGACUUUCACCAAGCGCAAGUUUGGUCUGAUGAAGAAAGCGUACGAGCUGAGCGUGCUGUGUGACUGUGAGAUCGCCCUCAUCAUCUUCAACAGCACCAACCGUCUGUUCCAGUACGCCAGCACAGACAUGGACAAAGUGUUGCUAAAAUACACAGAGUACAGCGAGCCGCACGAGAGUCGCACCAACACGGACAUACUGGAGACUCUGCGGAGGAAAGGCCUCGGUCUCGACGGCUCAGAGCUUGACAGUGAAGAAAGCAUGCAGGUGGCCCCAGACAAAUAUCCUCUCAGUGAGGGAAUGGAUCUCUCUGUGGCUCGCCAGCGCCUUUAUGCUCCAUCCCUGCUUUCACCGGAGGCCCCGUUCCUGGUGUCUGCAGGCUGUGAGAACGGCUUUGCCAACUCCUCCGCAUCCAGCAUGGCUUCCCACAGACCCCCAGGCUUUAAAACUCUGAGCUCCAGACCCGGCUCUGCCAGCCCUUCUGGACCACACACUCACAGCGCCUUCAUGUCUCCACACUCAGGCAUCGGCUACUCUGUGUUCUCCCACGGCAACCUGAAUCGAGCUCUUGACAUUAAAAGCCCGCCUCCUCUGAACCUGGGCAGUGAGAACCUCCGUGGAGAGGCUGCUAACCAGGGCAUGGGUACCACACGUGCUAACCACAACUCUGCUAGAGGUCUCUUGUACCAGGGUCUGCACAGUGGCAGCUCCAUGGUAGCUAUGGGCAAGGCAGGGCUGCUGGGCCACACUUUGGGUGGCUACGGCCUCCCCUCCCCUGGGGCAUCUGAUUACAGCCAACCUGGUUUUUAUCACUCUGUUAGUCUACAACGAGGAGCAAUGAAUCCCUGGCAACCAGUGCAGCCACCUCAGGAGCCACAUGGGCCUCAUAUAAGCCCAGGGAUGUCCAGUGGAGGGUGCUCCUUCCCCUCUCAGUCUUGCUCCUCAUCAUCUCCACAUCCUUCCUCCCUCAACCUGCACAUCAAAUCAGAGCGUAGCUCUCCUGAGCACAUGUCCUCGCCCACCUCCCCUCCUCUACACCACCUCAGGCAGCAUUCUCCAAUGAGCAACCCCGAUUCGGCUCGCCAUACCCCUCCUGAAUCCCAUCCAACCAAUGAGACGAAGGAGUUUGCCAAAGCUGGAUACCCACAAGAUGAGGAGGAAGGAGGGCAGGCGCUCAGGCAGUUAGAGAUAAGUGACGGGUGGCAUAGAUAGCUGGCUACUGCAGUCUACCACCAUCUCCCAUUCAAUCAGCUAUCUUCUAUCAAAACCAGCGCUCUCUUACACACACAAACACACACGCGCACACACACCUAGA